UAAUUAAACGAAAGUUUACUUGGCCGGCUUCUAUUAAGAAAGUUGUCAGGUAGUUUAGUAAAAUGUCUGGAAAAUUUGAAAAAGUUGAUUAUAGACAGAUAUGCAGUGAAAAAACCCUUCAGUCGAACUCAAAAGGGUUUUUCCUGGAUUUUGCUGAUUUUGUCGCUCAAGAAGUCGGUGAUACAUGGAUUCAAAAUUGUUUUGGCAAGUUGCAAACAGAUGCUGAAAGGAUAAGAUGCAUUUAUCAAUCAAACGAGAUUAAAGAUCAUGUUCAAAAUUUUCUCUCCAACGUUAAAGAAGUAUAUAGGCCCAAAGAUGCAGAAUUUUCCCAAAAAAGGCGCUUGGAAGCAGAUGAGCUGAUGGCACAGAACGAUUUUAAACAUGCUUUAAUGCUAUAUUCUCAAAGUGUUUUGAGGGCACCAAAUACCCAUAAAAAUCCUGAAAUCGACUCAGGGCUGACGUUAUCUCUAGGACUUUGGGGACGUGCCCAGGCUCUUAUGAAAUUAAAAAAAUAUUCUAGUGCUCUCUGUGAUAUUAAAGAAGCUUUAAAAGAAUAUUUACCAGACACAAAUAAGUCUAAGGCUUAUUGGUUGAUGGGAGUGUGCAAUGAACUACUUGGAGAAAAGAAUAAGGCUGAUGUUGCAUAUAGUUUAACAGAAAAAAUGAUGGAUUCAAAUAGUUUAGUGGAGCUUCAAGAAGAACGAAAGCAGCUAGUAACCUCUAAUGAAAGCAAGCAGCAAUUACAAGAAGCCAGAAAGCAAAAGCCUGUUUUGGAGAGCCCAAGCAAAGAUCUUUCAAAUGCCAGUAAAAAAUUAACAAUUAAAACGUCAUCAGACUUAGGAAGGUACGUGGUAGCCAACGAAAACAUCUCUGCAGGAGAAACUUUGGUAGUAGAACCUCCUUAUGCAGCAUGUCUUCUACCUAAAAUGUUUGGCAGUAAUUGUCAUCAUUGUUUCUUAAGCUUGGAAGCACCCUAUGGUUGUCCACAUUGUUCCAGUGUAGCAUUUUGUAGUCAGAAUUGUAGAGACGAAGCUGUAUCUACAUACCAUCAGUACGAAUGCAAAUACCUCGAUUUACUUAUAGGAUCUGGCAUGAGCAUAUUGGCACAUACUGCCUUAAGAAUGAUGACGCAGGCUGGUUUGGAAAAAAGUUUAGAACUUUUUAAAAAUAGAAACAAAGAAAAGCUAUUUGAACUAUGCACAAAUGCGCAUUUAAGAUCUUCUGAAGACUUUCUGCAAAGGACUCUAAUGGCAGCUUUCUUGUUAAGAUGUCUUCAAAAAUCAGACUUUUUUAAGUCGGCCAGUAGUAAUGUGAUUCCAUUAGAGGAGGAAUACCAGAUUGGAGAAAUGCUGCUAUUUAAUCUGCAAAUGCUUCAAUUUAAUGCUCAUGAAAUAUACGAGACUUGGCACAGUAAUCUACGUAGAGUCAGAGGUUCAAAGACAACUUACAUCGGUGUGGCUGUUUAUCUAACAGCUUCUCUCUUUAAUCAUGAUUGUUUUCCCGCUUUGUCCAGACACUUCGUAGGCAAAAAUAUUAUAUUGACUUCAACAAGACCUUUAAAAUCUAACGACAUAGUUCCAGAAAAUUAUGGUCCUAUAUUUACAAGAAAAACAUUAGAAGAACGCAAGAAGUCCUUGUCAGCACGUUAUUGGUUUGAUUGUCAGUGUAUGGCAUGCCAACAAGACUGGCCUGCUAUUGGAAAGGGGCUGGAGAGCGUUAGCAAGAGAUUAAGAUGUAUAUCUGACAACUGCGAUCACUGUUUCACACUUCCACUUCCCAAAGAAGUGGUUGAUUGUCCCAAAUGUAAGAAGAGUGUAGAUCUAUCAAAAAGGAACCUGCUUUUAAAAUGGUGUGAAGAGCAGUACCAGGCUGCUUUCGAGUUAAUGGAUCAAGAUGACACUAAAAAAGCGAUUGAUAUUUUGUGCAUUACUAUUGACGCAUUUUAUAAAAUAUCAGCUCCACCCCAUAAGGAGACACAUUUGGCCGAAGAAAUGUUAAGAAUAUGCCUUGCCGAUUCAGGAAAUACCAGGGAAAUUGUUACAAAAUAAAAUAAAUAUUAUGCUAUAAUCAAAUAAUUUAUUUAAAGAGUUGUGUGUGAACAAUCAGGUGUCAACUCAACUUCAUAAAUGGAUUGUUUGUGUUUCUUUAAAGGAUAAUCAGGACCGCAUGUUUCGAAAUCAACAUCUACAAAUAAUUUUUAACAAUUAAUUAAAUAUAUAUAAGGGCUAUUUA